AUGGAUCUCAUCUCUGGCCUCAUGGCGCAACAGAAGACGCAGUCUGCCGAUGAGAUCAUUCCAAUGCUCUGUGACAGGCUGGCACAUGCACGCUUAGCGUCCGACAAGAGAGCCGCUAUUCUCACGUUGAAAGGGUUUUCGAGACAAUACCGUGAAUCUGUCAUUGCCAAUGGUCUCAGGGCCGUGAUUGCUACUAUGAAGGAGUACACGAUCGAUACUGACAUUAUCAAGGCGUGUUUGGAGACCAUUCUGAUUCUGUUCAUCAGAGGUGAAGGUGAUGAUGAUCUUACGAGGAGUUGGAUCUCUCAACAGUCUCGUAGCCAGAACGGCAAGUAUCCAUCGCCGUUGCUACUGAAGGAGGAGGGAUACUCCAUGGACCAGUUCUCCCUGUGGAUUGCUGAUGAAAUCACACAAAGCGAGGAGAAUAUUGCACUCAUUGUUUCCCUGUUGGAGAAUACAGACUUCUACGUGAGACUGUACACGUUACAACUUCUCGAAGCUCUGAUCUCCACACGCUCUGUUAAAACGAAGGAGUUGUUAUUGAACUCCCCAUUAGGGAUUCCGUCAUUGGUUCAGGUCCUGGAUGACGUUCACGACCCAGUGAGAAACGAGGCUGUCUUGCUCCUCAUGGCAGUUGCCAAUGACAAUUUUAGCAUCCAGAAACUCAUUGCAUUCGAAAACACGUUUGAUAAGUUAUUCGAAAUCAUUCAUGAAGAGGGUGACAUUAGAGGAAGUAUAGUCGUCCAGGAUUGUCUUACUCUGUUGGCCAACUUGUUGAAGUAUAACGUUUCGAACCAGAAACUGUUCCUGGAGACGAAUUGUCUUCCAAAACUGUCCUAUCUAAUUGCAGAACCUCUAGGAGAAGAGCAUAUUGUUUGGAAUGAUCAAAGACUGCAAAACGUUGAGAUCACCCUCGAUAUAGUCAAACUUCUUGUCACUAAUGGUAACGAAUCCACCAAGGCAAAUCAGAACCUUCUGCACGAUGCUGAUAUCUUCCUCAAUGUUUUACGUCUGUCGUUUUCCUUGAACACUCCGAACUCUCUAAGACCUCAUGCUCUGUUAACUGUGGCUGACUUGAUAUCUCAGAACAACGACAUCCAGCACAGCUUCAGUCACAUCGAUGUUCCAUACAUCGAUCCUACGCAGCCUAAACAGCUGCAAGUUUACAAAAACAGUGUUUCCGUUAUCACCUCCUUACUCAAUUGGUGUCUAUUGUUGAACUCGGUGCAUGUUUUUGAUAUUCGUGUUUCUGCUGCCUAUUUAUUGCGUGCGUAUUUUGACGGUAACGAUGAGGGCAUGAGCAGUUUUCUGGAUGAUCAGAUCGCCUACUUUCAUGGUGAAGUUGAUAUGGUUGAAGAACCCGAUACAAUUGUUGGAAAUGAUACUGAAAGUCGUGAUGAUCAAGAAACCCAAUUUAAUGGAUCCACUGAUCCUUCUGCUGAAAACGGUACAUCAGAACCUAGUACUCCAACAGUUGAUCCAAGAGAUGUUCCAAUUGCUAACAUAUUCCAUGCACUUCUGGAGUAUGACCCUGAUAUCAAGCUUAAUCCUUACAAGACUUGGUUUUCAGCUUGUACUCUGAUUUACCUUAUGAAGGAUAAUGAAGAAGUGAAAACCACUGUUAGACAAUUAACCUCAGGUGAUGCAGAGUCUGGCGAAGAAGUACUAUCAGCUAUCCAAGCCAUGUUCGGGAAUUUACUUGCUAAUGUUCACGCUCAAGAUCCACGAAUUGCCAUUUCUUAUUUGAUGAUCUUGAUUGUGAUGCUAUAUGAAGACUCUGCUGCUGUUGAUGACUUCCUCUCUGAUAUAUCCAACCUAAAGUCUCUUUUGCAGUUCUUAUCGCAACCAGAUGCUGAGAGUCCUAUAGUUCAAGGUUUGGCGACUGUUCUUGUUGGAAUUGCAUACGAGUUUUCUAGCAAAAACUCGCCAAUUCCAAGAGUGGAUCUUCAUUCACUCAUCAUUAAAAUUGUCGGCAAGGACAACUAUGCCUUCAAGAUUUUGCAACUUAAAGAAGCUCCAUUAUUCUAUACCUUCACUGAGGAGGAUAUCUUUCAUCCAUCCAAAGAUGAAACUGGUUUGCCUAGUGUAUUUCUAGAAUCGACUGUUGUUUGGUUGAUCAAAGAACAUUUUUACCGAAUCAAGAAUACCUUAAACCGUGAUCCAAAUAUUGAAUCCAAUGGUCGCUUGUCCUAUGAGAAAUACGAAUUGUUACAAGAUGAGCACCAUGAGCUUCAAUCCACCUACCAAAGCGUACUGCAAGAGUCCAAAAAAGUCAAGCACGAUAGUGAGCAGCAACUGAAGAAACUAUCCACUGACCUUGGUGAUGUUUCACACGACCUCGAUGUUCGCACUGAGGAGCUCACUGUGUUGAAGUCCAGAUAUUCUGAUCUAGAAUCUAAAUUCACGCAUACAUCAAAGGACCUAGCAGAAUUACAGAAACAGCAUGGAGAAUUGACAAAAGGCUUCGAAGAGAAAUCAAAAGAUGUUGAUUCUUUCGCAGAGCAAGUGUUGCAAAAAGACAACAGAAUUUCCAAGUUGGAAUCCGAACUUGAGAUGCUGAAGUCGCAAAAGAAUAAAGCUGAGGAUGGUAUCAAUAAAAUGAGUCGUGAGCUAUUCCAAUUGUCAAAAGAAAAGGAGGAUCUGGAAAAGAAAGUCAAGCAACUUGAGAAGGAGUCUCAAAAAUCAAUAAAGCAGCAGGAAAAACUAGACCAAUCACUCAAACAAAAGAAUGAGGAACUCAACUCCUAUAAAUCAAAAUUGGAUGCUGCUUAA